UCAACAUUUAACAAUCAGGCCAAGGUGUGGCGCUGUUGUUUGUACAAGGUUAAGGCAGACCCCGGAACAAGACGAAGAAGAAAUUCACCGGAAACUGCUUUUCGUGAACACGCGGUACGUCCGGCCUUUCCAGCAGGCUCACAAGAGGAAACAUGGCCAAGAUCAAGGCAAGAGAUUUGCGGGGUAAAAAGAAGGAGGAACUGCUCAAGCAGCUAGAUGACCUGAAAAAUGAGCUGUCACAACUCCGUGUGGCCAAAGUAACUGGGGGAGCUGCCUCUAAGCUGUCGAAGAUCCGUGUUGUUCGCAAAUCUAUCGCCAGAGUCUUGACAGUAAUCAACCAGACUCAGAAGGAGAAUUUGAGGAAAUUCUACAAGGGGAAGAAAUACAAGCCUUUGGAUCUGAGACCCAAGAAGACCAGAGCUCUGCGUCGCCGCCUCAAUAAACAUGAAGAGAGUCUGCGCACAAGGAAACAGCAGAAGAAAGAUCUCCUCUACUCGAUCCGCAAAUUUGCUGUUAAAGCUUAGUGUUUUCUAUCCACUCAAUAAAACAUGUUAAAGAUGGA